CCGUCAAAUCUUUUCUCUUGUUAUUGCCAGCUCGUGUAAUAGAGAUCUGCCCGCCCCCACCAUCACCUUCUCCACCACGACCCAUACACAAUCCAACUGUGGACUAUAUAUCUCACACGACGCUUAACAUAUUUUUCCUCCUUUCUGAAAAGACGUGAACCGAACUUAAAUGUUCAAAUCGCCCGACCGCCCGACAUAGUUUGCGAUUCAUUCCACUUUUCCCAGCAUGAGUGCUGUGAAACGGGCUGCAUGCGACCGGUGCCAUGGCCAGAAAAUGCGGUGCAUUCGGGAGCCCACCAAAUCAUCGUGUCACCGGUGCCUGGCAGCUGGCGCGCUGUGUGUAUACAGUAUGGCUCGAAAGGCAGGAAGACCACCAACACGACAGCAGAGCAUGAAGGAUACGUCGGGCGGCUGGAGACCCGCAAGCAGUAACCGGGGCGAACAACGAAAUCCGCAACAACAGAGAAGACGACGGCAGCAACAACAGAAACAACAGCGGCCAUAUUCAGCGUCCCUUGAGGGAUCUAGAGGCCCUCAGGAGAAUGAUAGCAUCUUGGAAGGCACAAAUGACGCCCAGCCAAGCUUCGAGGCCAUGCUUCUCGAUGCGGUUACAGACGAUUCAGAGACCCUGGUACCGCUGUUCAGUAAUUCAAUGCCCACAAUACCCGGGCUUGGGAUUUGGGAUGAUGGGGAUACGUCCAGGCCGUAUGAUGAAGGCGCCUCCCAUCCGCUGUCAACGGAUAGCAAUCACCAACAAGUAGAUUUCAUGAUGGAUCAAGCAGUUGUUAGUGACAGCCCUUUGUUGGUUACGGAAUGCAGCCAGCCAGGCACAGGCACCAAACCCAUAGAAUACGAGUUCAUUGUUCCUCCUAUUGCAGGAAAUGUCAUCCAGCAGCUCUGCGCACUCAGCGUAAAGCUUGCGAGCCACAUGAAAUCACUCUCCUCAAUAGACUCGGACACGGCAAAUAACCCCAUGCCACGGCUGGAACGGCUAGCAGCCAAUGUGAUUGAGAGCUCCGUUGAAUUCCAUCGCAUUCUGAGUGAAGCCCGGUCGAUGCUAGAGGCGCUCGAUGGUCUGGACCCCCUCUUGUCAGACACGGCCAUGAUCUUGCAGGUCCUCUCAGCAUACAUUCGUUUAACGCAGCUUUAUUACGCCCUUUACCAAGACAUGAACUCCGUCCUGAUGAAGCUUAGCGACUGCCCAUCACAUGAAUCCCUACCUUCCGAUAUUUUCGUUCCCUUUCCUAUGCUGCACAUUGGCGGCGUUUCGCUGUCAUCUUAUCACCGCUUCCAGCUCAAGUUCGUCCUGCAGAUCUGUGUUCAUCAUCUUGGAGAGACAGAGACUCUUCUUGGCCUCCCAGCCGACCUUUGUGUGAGUGAGCGGAUGGUUCAGGAGGAGGGGAUCUUGCACCAGAGUACCGGUGAAAUGGCCUUCCUCGUACGAACCAUAAUGCGCCAAGCGGAAAAGACCGUCAAGGGCAUUCGCGGCGUGCUGGCAGAAUUGUCAGAGCGAACAAAGGGAGCAAUUGAAGUAUAGAUGGUGCCCGAAGAUAGAGCACAAUUAUACACGUACAUAUUGAGUUAUGGAUGUUAUUUGAGGUACAUGAUAUGUGGGGUAUAGCCUAUCCUUGAAUACUAGCGCGGUGGCGGCCUUCCCCUCGCUAGCUCAUUCCACUGACCACUCUUCCUUGUUUACUUGAUGAGGGCAGUGCAGCCACCAAUCCAGAUCGACAAAUGUUAAUUGUGCCAUGCUUAUACCACAAGCCAGUUUCUUCGGCAUGAAGGAAAUUCACCGGUCGCCACGGCGGAUAUGUCUCUGAGACAGACUUAACAAGCCGAACAACGCCUGCUCCUGACCACCGUGCUCACGCGAAUGACAGUAGGACAGAGCUACUA